CCAGGCCGCCUACUUACCUGCACGGGUUGCACCAGCCGGGUACGCGACCCGCCUGAAGGACGCCGGACAGUGGCGGACUUCGGGCGCUGGUCUUGGGACCUGGACGGAGCCUGGCGCUCGUUCCCGCCGCCGGCAACCGCCUCCACCCAGCCCCGCCCGGAACCUGCGCGCAGCGGGGACCCAAGCCCACCGCUGGGAGCGCGCGUGCGCUGGCGGGAGCCCACGCUUGCCCGGUGGGGGCCGCACGCAGAUCCAGUCCCAUCCCGCCCCGCGCUACGGCACCUCCUCCGCGAAGCCCUCCAGUGUCCUCCCGAUUUCCCCGACCCCUGAUUGGGAUUUCCCCGACCCCUGACAGAGUAGGGGUGCGAGAUCUGUCCAGUUUGAUCGCCUGCCCGUCCAGGCACUCAGCAAGCACCGCAAGGGACAUAGAAGACAACUAAUGAGUAUGAGAACCUAUACGAAUUCCCCUGUCAGUCCUCGUGGGCGGGGCCCCUGAGAGACUCCCGGGACCAACAGAGGCCUUGGCAACGCAAGCCACAAGCCAUGGUGUCACAGCAACAGGCCAGAAGGCGAGGCUGCACUGGGCUUGGGGCAGCCAGAGAUCCUUUUGCCUAUGGAGCGUAUGGCAGCCCCAGGCCCCAGGCCAGGGGCCCCACCUUGGGCCACUAAAAAUGUUCUGCCACUGAUGGAGGACUGGCUGCCAGGAGUCCCUGGGGGUACCCCAGCCUGGGCCACCAGCAUUAAGACAGAGCUUCCCUCAGAUGUAGAGCUGAGUGAGGAGCAGCGGCUGCUGGUCUCCAAGGAGCUGGUCGACCUGCAGAUCAGAACCCAUCGCCUGCAGGAGCAGCACGAGGCUGAAAUCUUCGAGCUGAAGAGUGAGGUCCUGAGGCUGGAGAGCCGGGUGUUGGAGCUGGAACUGCACGGAGAGCGUGCAGCCACGGCAGAGGCUGAUCUGGGAAAACAGCAGGUGCCUGCACAGGAGCUUGGGCGCAAGGCCAGGGGGCAGGGACACUCCGGCCACCACAGAGUCCAGGUGCAGUCCAAGGACUUCCGGAUCCCUGAGGACAAACAGCAGACGCUGGGGAAUGGGGGAGAAGAGAAGCGGGCACUGGAGCAGCACAGAGCCCAGCAGCAGGCACUGGAGACGCAAGUGGCAGCCCUGGGCCAGCAGCUGCAGGGAGCCCAGGAGAAGGCCAAGACAGCUGGGCGGCAACUGGCUGCACACGCCAUGGUGUUGUCCACCUGCCAGGGCCAGCUCCGCCAGGCUGAGGCCGAGAAUGCCCGCCUGCAGCUACAACUCAAGAAGCUGAAUGAGGAGUAUGCCAUCAGGCUACAGCGCAGCGCCCAAACCCUGGCGGAGUAUGCAGAUGGUACAGGCCAGGCACCUACAGCCGCAGCUGUUAGGACAUUCCUGGAGAAUACUCUGGAAGACAUCCGGGCUGCCCACCACAGCCGUGAGCAACAGCUGGCCAGGGCUGCUAGAGCCUACCGCAAGGGCCUGGCAGAUCUGAGCCGAAGACAUGAGGAGCUGCUGGCUGCCCACAGUGUGCAGCAGGUACUGGCAGACCCCAACAGGGUACCUGAGAUCCCCAAGGCUGCCUCUGAUACAGCCACAAUGGACCUGGAGCCAUUGUCCCUGCACCUGGUCACCAAGCUUGGCCACCCAAAGGAGGAGCAGACAAAGCUGGAGACACACCUUCGGAAGCUCCAGGCCCAGAAAGGACCUGGUGAAGCUUCCCAGGGGGGCACAUCAGAGCCACAGGACCUGGGAGCUGCAUCCUGGGCCCAGAUCCACCAAAAGCUCCAGGACUUCUCCCGUGGCACCCAGGCAGAGCUGGAACAGGAGCGGGCACAGCUGCUAGUCCGGGCCACGAUGGCUGAGGAGCAACUUUCUGAGCUCCAGGAGUAUGUGGACCAGCACCUAGGCAGGUACAAGCAGGAGAUCCUGCGGCUGAGGAAGCUGGUGGGUACCGGGGACCCCCAGAAAGUGGGGGCAGCACCGACAGCCAAGUCUCCGCGCCCAAGGACCCGCAGCCGCUAACUGGUCAUCAGAUAAGCUCAGAGCACAACUCUUCCCGACCAGAAGGAAGCCCUCCGCACGCCAUGGGGAGUCAUUCCACCCGGCCCUCUACCCAACAAGAGUCAGGAUGGA